AUGGAUAACAAAUUCAGUUAUCGUUAUGCAAGUCAUCCAAGAUUUUCAUAUUGGGCUUUAAAUAUGCUACAAAGAAAACGUACUUUACAACAAAAUAGUAUUUUUCUAAAACACAAUCCAGGAGAAGCUCAUUUAACAAUUGAAGAAUUGUGUGAAAUGGCUCUUAACGGUAACUCAAAACUAUUUAUGCUUAAAUUGUCAAGAUAUGUUAGCAAUAUUACUGGAAGUUUAGCAUAUUGGUAUAAGGUUAGGCAAGAUUUAAAAGCCAUAAUUGAACACGAGUCAGUCCCAACUAUUUUCUUUACUUUUUCUUCUGCUGAUAUGCACUGGCCCAAGCUACACAGUCUGUUUUGCGAGAAUGAAAAUACAUUGAGCACUGAUGCAUGAUGUUUUCAGAUCUGUUAUGAGGAAUGUUGAUAGCUUAAGUGAUUUGGAAAAAAGUAUUAAAAGGCUUAUGAUGAGGAUGUUAGGAGAAAGAGCACAAGUAACUCUUUGCUCAAGAAUGCACAAUGCACAAGUAACUCUUUGCUUGACUAUUAUGCAAAACGGAAAAUUUACAUAGAAAAGGUACCAAAUGUCAUGAAUAUUAAUUUUAUGCAAUUUGUUUCUAAAUAUAAAAUUGUUAAAGGUGAACUUUGCCAUCGAUGAACACGAUUUGUUCCAAAAGUCUUUCCUAUAUACUUGUGUAAUCCAAAAGGGGAACAUAUUAUGCCUUAUAUUGCAAAUAUCAACUUUUGAAAUAUGCACCAUGGUCAAAUUUACCUGAGGAAGCAUGGGAUAUUAGUUCACCAAAUGGUAUUUUGUCAGAUCAAGACAUAUAUAUAAAUGCAUGUCAUUUGUUCUUAAGCAUACCGUAUGCCCAACUUCAUGUUCCAGGCAUUUGUGAAAAUAUUGAUAAUGCGAUGGAAUAUGUGCAUGUGCAUGAAGGAUCAGAUAAAGAAAGCGAUGAAUCCGGUUUAAACCAAGAGGAGUGGAUUUUAAUUGCAGACUAUCAUAAUUUACACAAUUUUGACAUAGAAAAUGUAAAAGCUUCCCAAUAUGAUUGGCAGUUAGAUAAUAAUUUCUAUUCCUGUGCACAAAUAGAUGAAGUGCCAAACUGGAUUAACAGGAACAAAGAUGUUUUCGAGACAGAUUUACAUGACCAGUCAGCCGGAGUAAACAUUUCAUGUUUUACUGAAAUGCAAAAAAAUGCAUAUGAUAUUAUUGUGUCACAUUGUGAGAACAUGUGUAGAAAGAAUUCAUUGCUAAUGAUCAUCAACGGUGUUGCUGGAACAGGAAAAAGUUAUCUUAUAGCUGCUGUAAGACAAACCUUAAAGGACAAAUGUGUAAUAACAGCCACUACUGGUAAAGCAUCAUUCAAUAUUAGUGUAGUGACAAUUCAUUCUCUUCUGAAGCUUCCAGUAAAUUAUAAAUAUCAGAAAGACCUAUCAGGGCAAUCUCUUGCAAUGUUGCAAGAUCGUUUGGCCAGUAUUGAAUACAUUUUAAUCGAUGAGUAUUCCAUGUUAGGUCAAAAAUCUUUUGGCUGGAUUGACAGAUGA